GCUGCCCCGCCCCCUGCCCUGGCGGCGGCGGAAAGAUGGCGGAGUUAGACAUCGGGCAGCACUGCCAGGUGCAGCACUGCCGGCAGCGAGAUUUUCUUCCAUUUGUGUGUGACGGUUGUUCAGGAAUAUUUUGCCUUGAGCACAGAAGCAAGGACUCUCAUGGCUGUCCUGAGGUGAAUGUCAAGAAGGAGAGACUGAAGACAGAUGAACACAAAUCUUACCCAUGCUCAUUCAAGGACUGUACUGAAGUAGAGCUCGUGGAGGUGAUAUGUCCUUACUGUGAGAAGAACUUUUGCCUAAGACACCGUCAUCAGUCAGAUCAUGGGUGUGAAAAACUGCAGCUCCCACAGCCUCGAAUGGCUGCCACACAGAAGCUUGUCAAAGACAUUAUUGAUGCCAAGACAGGAGGGGCAGCUAAUAAGGGACGGAAAGGCGCGAAGAGCAGCGCGACAGCCGCAAAGGUGGCGCUGAUGAAGCUGAAGAUGCACGCCGACGGCGAUAAGUCACUGCCACAGACAGAAAGAAUUUACUUUCAGGUUUACCUGCCAAAAGGGAGCAAAGAGAAGAGCAAAGCCAUGUUCUUCUGCCUCAGAUGGAGCAUUGGGAAGGUUGUGGAUUUCGCAGCCUCGCUAGCCAGUCUUAGAAAUGAAAACAACAAGCUGACAGCAAAGAAGCUGAAGUUGUGCCAGGUCCCUUCAGGGGAAGCCUUGCCGUUGGAUCACACUUUGGAAGCAUGGAUCACUAAGGAGGACUGCCCUUUAUAUAAUGGAGGAAAUGUUAUUUUGGAAUAUCUAAACGACGAAGAGCAGUUUUUAACAAAUGUUGACUCCUACUUGGAAUAGUCAUUCAAGGAUGCAAGUCAGAAUUUACAAGCAGGAAUCAUUCUAUGCAGAUAAUCAAUUUCUUUUACUGCAAAUACUUUUUAAGAACUCUCAAAGUUGUUUUUUUUAUGAUUUAUUUCCAUCAGGUCAUAACUUACAUCAAUUGUUUUCUAUUAAGUUCCAUGUUUUAUGUUUAAAGCUUAACUAUGUAUUGGUAGUUAUUGGCAAAGUACUAUUUUUAUUAGUUGUUUCUGCAUUAGGCUGUAGAACUAUCAGCCAAAGUAUCUUUUGUGUUAGGCUAAUGCCAGCUGUUGACUGACUGCUGUGGCACGUUCUAAUACCACCUCCACCACACAAUCCCCCUCAUACAACACCCACCUUUUUGUGAUUUUGCCAUUCUGUGGCAGAGGACGAUGCAUUUAGCAGAUGCUUCAGUGAGGUCUUACAAGUAGUACUUGUUGCCUUUGUUUUUAACAAGUCCUAUGAUUAAGCCUAAUAUUAUGGGCCCAGAAUACAUAGCCUUACUGUAUACCCAAAAUCAUGAUAUAUAAAUUGAUAUAUGCACAUGAAUUGCAGAAUCUUCGAGAUUCUCUCAUUCGGGCUUCCAAGCAUUUGGAUAAGAAACCUCAUACCUUAGAGGGAAAGUUAUUUUUUUGGUAUCAUGUAAUUGCACUGGAUGUAUUUCUGGUAAUGAAUUUUCUCCAAUAGGAUUCAUCUUUUUGUUGGUAUGAAUCUAUUACAAGUAAGAAGAGUGAUGGAAUAGACUAACUUUGUUAGAGUCUGUUUCACUGUACCAAAGCAAAACAAUUACUGCAUUUUACCUAUAAAUUGAAAUGUCCUUUUGGGGAAUGCUUCCUUUUACACUGGAGGAAAAUGAGUGUUUUCUGUCUGUACUGGAUAAAGGACUACACUAUAGAAGCAAAUAAAGUAUUCUUAGUUGCCCCUCCCCUUUUUCUGUGCUGAUUUUCACGACUUUAAUGUUAUAGGGUCUACUUAAAUCCAAAAUAACUCAAACACCAUGUCUAUGCAGAUGACAAAAAUUUAUUGUAAUCAAGCCACUACUUAUUGAUCAUGGCCACAAAAUAGACUUGGAAGCUGAACUGUAACGGUGAAAGGACAUUGUACAGCAUAUUCAAAGGAUGAAAUUAUAAAGUGAGGGGAGCAGGGUGGGCUGGAGCAUUGUCCAGUCAUAUCUUGACAUAAGGGGUUGAGCAAGAGAGUUUCCAUCAGUCAGGAUAGGAGUUGGCUCCUGGGCCUAGGAACAUGAACUUAGUUGACCCUGCCAGCAAGAUGGAGAAGUUGUCACUGAGAUGUCUGGACUCAGACAACUGUCUCAUUACAGCAGAAGCUGGUCAGCUUUUGGGAAGUCCCAGCUCCUCUAGGGCUUGAGACCUUGAACUUAGUUUUCCCCUAUGAUUAAGUGGAAUUAAAAAACAAAAUGGUAGUACUUAGAUAUAAAGUUACUUGUGCUUGUUCCUAAUAAUAAAUUUAAUUAAAGGAAUAAA